GUCUUUUAUACGUAUUCGCCAAACAACUAUCAUCGUGAAAUGUGCGGGUUCUACAACAACUAAUAUAUUUUAAUUUAUGAAAUAAUUUUUUUAAUUUUUAAAAAUAUAUGUGUUAAAUUAUUUUUAUUAAAUACAUCUGAUAGUCUAUGGAGUAUUGAAGUGUUAAUUAUUAUGAGUUGUAUUUGAAAUAAAUCCACACCAACGCCAAAUUAAUUCAUCAAUAUUACAGGUAUGGGAAUGUCCAAUACCAAUUCUUCCACAUUAAAAUUGCUGUAUGAAAACAAUAUGCCGUUUUGGAAAAGAAAAUGCUUUAUUUUAUUAAUAUUAAUUUCAACAACUUUCCUCGGUUUAUUAACAUUUUACGCUGUAAACGAUAUUUUCAAUCAAGGUAGGCAUCUAAAUACUGGUAAUAAUUUAAACAGACCAUUACGAUCACCGCUCAAGAUCGAGAAUCUAGUUAAAUCAGAGAGUUCUAGCACAAUACCUUAUGCAACGCAACCAUAUAAUAAUAGUCAUUUUCAGACAGAUUCAGAUAACGUUCAUGUACAAAAUAUAUCCGUCAAGUGUGAAAUAAAUAACAGAUUAACAAAUCUUAUGUAUGAAAUUAAAAGACUUAACAACAGUUUAAAUCGAUUAGAUGUUCAGUUUAAUAGAGAUAAACGGGGUUUGCGUGAAGAAACAACGAUUGUUGACUGUGUGCAAAUGAAGGGGAAAUUCAAUGAAAUCUACGAGGACAUACAUCGGAUAUCUGAAUCAUUAUCAACAGUUGAUGAUAAUGGCAUAUGUCGUUGUAAAUGUCCAUUAGACACUAACACGACUACCGGCACAACAACAAAAGUCUCAUAUUUAACCAAAAUACCAUUUGAUCAAACAACAUUCACACCGAUAAAUGUAAAUGAACAUGCACCUGGUACGGGUGAAAAAACGAAACAAUCAAAAAAAAUUAUUUUUUCUAAGUACACGCCUCAAAGUGUAACCAAUCAAUUAAAUAGUGUUUCCGAUUACGAAAUCAUUACUACAACAUCGAACGAAGAAACUGCCUUCACUACUAUGUUAUCAUCAACACUUGGAGGUAUCACUACCCAGGAAGGCACCGAUAGAACUGUCGACACAAAAGGUGACCUGUCGCCGGAAAUGUCUAAUGCGGUAACUAAUAUAGUUAAUCGCGAAGAUGGUACUAAAACAACUGUCGGACCACAAAUAAUAUAUCUUACAGAUAUUAUAACCAAUGAUGAUGAAAACACACAAACACAUAUUACUUACGAUAUGUCAACAAGUUCAACAGAUAUUAUGGAUCCAAACGAAACUAUUGGAACGACAGAAUUAAAUAACGAUAGAACAACCACUACACAAGCAAAGAACUAUUCGAAUAAAGACAUUAUUUUAAACUCUACAGCUGAAAAUGAAAAUAUUUCCGAGUCAACUACAGAAAUACUGGGAUCUGAAAACAAUCAUAGCAUUACAUAUAUUAUAAAAAAAAAUUCAGAAUCACUGUAUGAAAAUGAUAAUAUUUUUAAAUCAACUACAGAUGCAUCAACAUCUGACAACACAUAUGAUAUAACUUAUAUUACAGAAAAUACUUGGGAAUCGUCAUCGGAAAAUGAAAAUAUUUCAGGAUCGACUACAGAAAUAUCAGAAUUUGACAUAAGUCAUAACAGAACACAUUAUGUUAUAGAAAAAACUAUACAAUCGACAUCUGAAAAUGAAAAUACUUCAGAAUUGACUACAGAAAUAUCAGAACUUGACAAAAAUUAUUCGGAAACGUAUGUUACAGAAAAAACUUCAGAAUCGACAUCCAAAAUUGAAAAUAUUACAGGAUCGAUUACAAAAUCAUCAAGCUCCAAUGACAAUAAUAAUUUUAGUAAUACCAGAGUUACUGAUGGAACGGUCGAUUCGAUAUUUGAAAACAAAACAGAAACGCCUGUUCCUAAUAAAAAUACGACUAAAGCAAUUGUAAGUGAAAGAACUUCGUCGGAAGACCGCGGUGAAAAACAUUACGAUAAACCGAAAAACGGACAAGACACUGAUCAAUCGACAACUGUAAUAGGCAACACUAGCACAGAAAACGUAAACCGUUUGAUGCCGAAUAACAGCAGGAACGACGACUUGGACGACAAAAGUACCCUGCAACAGCCUGAAGUGAUACAACAAGUACAACUGAAACCGUAUCCAAUAUGCUUUUACCCAGCACCGUGUUCACCAAACAUAGUGAAUUAUCAACAAAUUAGUGAGCUGCAAGACUCGAGUAAAAGUGCAAUACAGUAUACGGCACAGUCGCUGGCUACGUAUAAAAGAAAACCACCCGUCGCCACUGUAAUUCAAAACGAUUACCCGGUGUUGUUGAUUUGUCGAACGGACGUGAUUUGCUCGGUCGCCGAUUUCGCGGGACAAUCGAACAGGUUGCACUGCAUGUAUUCCGUGAACGUAAACAAAAACAGUGAAAAUACUUCGAACCAAGCGAUAAAAAAACACUAUAACAGCACGAAAAACGCAGCCGCGGUGACGAGCGUCAAGACCGCUGCAAGAAACAACGACGACAUUUUAACGGGUAAUCUCGAUUGUCCGUCGAAUACGUUUCCGUGUGUGGACAAUUCCGGGUGUGUGGACAACGAAAACUGGUGCGACGGCCGAAUCCAUUGCAAUGACGCGAGUGAUGAAAGCCAAUGUAACUGUAAACAACGAAUAGACAAAGACAAAUUGUGUGACGGAUAUUACGACUGUCCGAGUGGAGAAGACGAAUUGGGUUGUUUCGGUUGUAACAACGAAACGUUUAGUUGUGGCGAUUGGGAUAUUGUUUCACAGCGUUCCAGCUGUUUCGAAAGAAAAAAUCGCUGUGAUUACGUAAAAAACUGCCCUAACGGCCGAGACGAAGACGAAUGCACUUUGUUAUCUAGACACCUAGAAAAUCCGAAUCAAAUAUUUUUCAUUUCAUAUUCGUCCGGUUAUCUGCACCAUAAUUGGAAAGGAAAUUGGUACCCAAUGUGUGAUAACGAUCAAAUCAACACGUGGGCGGAAAAAGCGUGUACGGUUGAAUCUGGAGAAAUAUCCAAGCCAAAUAAAGUACAGUAUAUGAAUGAGUUGACUACUUAUAACGGGCCGUAUAUCAAUAUCGACGGAAAUAAUCAAAUUAUAUUAUCAAACGAAUGCAAUCACCAAGGAAUCUUUGUCGAAUGUGAACCAGAAAUGUGUGGCAUACGUUCUGAUCUGAAAUUUAACAAAAACAUUGAUCCCGAUAGACUGAGAAGAAGUUCACCUUUGGAAUCAUCGAAUAACAUCACCUCACGCUUUACGAGAUCGAAGGACGCUAGGGUAGUUGGAGGCAUCGCCAGUAACCCUGGCGCGUGGCCGUGGCUCAUUGCACUUUACCAGGAUGGCAUAUUCCAUUGUGGUGGUGUUAUAUUAAGUGAUCAAUGGGUGUUGACAGCAGCUCACUGCGUUAAUCAGUAUAAGAAGCAUUUUUAUGAAGUGCAAGCCGGAAUUUUACGAAGAUUUUCGUUUUCGCCCAUGGAACAAUCGAGAAUUGUAACUCACGCAAUAAUCCACACUCAAUAUAGUAGAUCGACGAUGGAAAACGAUUUGGCCGUGCUAAGAUUAGACCGCAGUUUGGAAUUUAACCGUUGGAUUCGACCAGUGUGUUUGCCCGAUAAUAAAUUGAGCUGGAUUCCAUUCCCGGGAACAAUGUGUACAGCUGUUGGUUGGGGAGCUACGGUUGAACACGGACCAGACCCCGACAACAUGCGAGAAGUAGAAGUACCGAUUCUUGCCGAGUGCACACAUAAAUCUGAUAUAGAGGGUAAAGAAAUUUGUGCCGGAUAUUUGAAUGGUGGCCACGAUACUUGCCAGGGAGAUAGUGGAGGUCCACUGCUUUGCAGAGAGCCCAACAAUCUAAAUAAAUGGUAUGUGGCCGGCAUAGUUAGCCACGGCGAAGGAUGUGCGAGACCUAUGGAACCCGGAGUAUACACUAGAGUCGCGUUGUACAUGGAUUGGAUUUUUAAAGCUACUGAAGAGAACAAUUUGCCACAAGACAGUCCACUACAAUAUUGUCCAGGAAUCCGAUGCAAAACCGGAAAACAAUGUAUUCCCACCAAACGUCAAUGUGACAAAUAUGUGGACUGUAUGAACGCGGAAGACGAACAAAAUUGUGAUUACACUGGUUCUCAGUAUCAAGUGAACUUAUAUCGGUCGAGAAACACUGACCACAGCAAUUUAAAGUACAGUAAAUUAAAAAGUGCUGGACAGCCACUGCGAGAUUUUAAUGUCAAUUUCACCAUGAGUACUCCAAAAAAGACAACAACAACGGUAGCGUCUGUAAGAACAGACAUAACACCAUUACCAAAAUAUGAUAAUAUCAGCGGUAAUCUCCGGGACAGAGACGUUGUUAAAAACGAAACUAGAAUGACCGUAGCGGUUGUCAAUGAAAAAAUCAAUAGUAAUAAUAUCACUAGACUAAACGAUACGGUUCUCAAUGCCUUGAGUCAACUUUUCGACAACCAGUUUUCCGAAAAAACGUUCAGCUGUAAAAGAAUUACUCAAGUGGUGUUGUCUAACCACCGUUGCGACGGCACAGUGGACUGCGAGGACGGGACGGACGAAGAAGCCUGCGACUGCAAGACGAGACUGACGAACAUGUUCAAUUCGUCGGCCAUUUGCGACGGUCUCGUAGAUUGUCACAACGGCUUGGACGAGGCCGAUUGCGUUACGCCCAAGUGCAAGACUGACGAGACCGCUUGCGGCUGGCCGAUAAAAUGCGUAAAAAAAAGCGAGUGGUGCGACGGGCACGUGAACUGCAUUGACGGCGUUGACGAGAAAUACUGCGUGGCGAUCACGAACGGCACAACAGCUGUAACGUCGGAUGCGACCGGUCGGCCGACGUUACGACAAUCUGGCAUGGUCGCCGUGAACCGCAACGGCGUCUGGAGGGUGAUGUGCAUCAAAGACGAUGCGGUUGUUAAGAUCGCACACGACACUUGUUCCGACCUAGGUUACUCUCACUCGGAACGCCACGCCAAGAGAAUGUCGUGGAACAGUGCUCUGCCUUUGAAAACGAACCGGUUGAAGAUCACUGACGCGUGCGAAGGGCUCUUCGUGGAAUGCAGCGGCAGGAAGACGGUGGACGAGAAACGGUACUAUUGGCACGCCGACGUCGUAGUGGACGGUACACUCGUUCAGUCCGGAGUACUACUGAAGGACUCUUGGGUGCUUGUCAAGAGGACAGGUUUAAAUUUAAACAAGUCGUACGUCACGGCAGUGUUGGGCGGCAGCGCGUACUCGGUCAUCUGGAUCAAGUCGCCGUACGAACAGAUCGUCCGGGUCGACGGGAUCAGAGAAGUUCCCGAUACAGAUUUCGAUUUGCUUCAUUUGGCUCGUCCAGCAACCGUGAGCAGAGGAGUGGCCCCGUUGAAAGUUUUGCCGUUCCAGCCGUCGCCCUGGCCGAACGGUACUUGCUACGCGAUCGGCUACACGAACAACCAGCACGGCAAUAAGACCGAAGUAGCUUUCCUUCGGCCAGAUACCGGACAGUGCGACGACCCUAACGAGUUGUGCUUUACAGUGUCACAAACUCCCCGAUCGUGUUCAAACGGAAAAAAUAUGUCUCACGUGACUGCGGUUAUCUGUGAAUCAAAUUACGGUUUGUUUUUGGCCGCACCAUCGAUUCAGCCCGACAUGAACCUAUGCGAUCGUAACGUGCGAAUCCGGCUGCCCAUGGCUGAAUGUCUGAUGAACAAAAUCGAAGAAAUCACUGAUGAAAGCAUGAAAACGACACCCGUCCCUUUUUGUGGUGGAAAACGCUGUGAGCUCGGCGAGUGCGUCCCGUGGGAAAGAGUUUGUGACGGAAUACCGGAUUGUCGUGACGAACAAGACGAAACGAUUAAAAUGUGCCAACAGCGAACCGAGAAAUGCAAAACCAACGACACUUUGUGCAUAUGCGACGUGGGCAGUUUUCGUUGCACCAACGGCAAAUGUGUGGAGAAAACUGCAUUUUGCGAUGGACUCAACAACUGCGGAGACGGAACCGAUGAACCAAAGACGUGUGAGAAAAACACGUGCGUGGACUAUCUAAAGCUCACGGCCCCGGAAAGAUUAUGUGACGGACGUUGGGAUUGUUUGGACAAGACGGACGAAGAGUUCGCGAACUGUCCCGGUUACUGCAACAGAACGAACGUUUAUCACUGUCAAUCAUCGAACAAAUGUAUAUCAUCGGAAUUCGUGUGCGACGGCGAAGAAGAUUGUCCCGAAUCCGACGACGAAGCCGAAUGCAUUGGCUUAAUCACUCCAGCUGGAAAAAAAAACGAAGGAAUAUUGGCGGUAAGGUCGUACGGGCACUGGCACGAGCAGUGCAUAACCGAGGACUACACAGACAUCGAUUACCAUUCGCUGUGCAGAGCACUGGGAUUCAGGCAUGCGGUGGGCAUAAAAAAGGCGGCCGGCACCGGUGUGGACUUCGAGAACUUCAUGGUCGUCCAACUGAACGCCGGCACGGACGUCACCAUCCGGUCGGCAACCAAAGACAUCUUACAGCGGCGGACCAACCACGCGUGCACCGCCACGUACGUGAUGUGUUCGAGUACGUAGCUCGGCUACGACGACAUUACGACAAGAUAUAAUUAACUAUGAUAUUAUCUAAUAUUUUAUUAUAUUAAAUGUAUAUUAUUUACUUACUGUUGUAUACACGCACAUAUAUAUUGCAUAUUAUAUUA